ACUGGGUUUGUUUGGAUAUUGAAUUUAAACUUUGAGGUUUUGUGUUUUAAGGAAAAUGGGGAGUUGUGGAAGGAAUGGAGCAGUAAGGCAGUAUAUCAGGUCUAAGGUUCCUCGUUUGAGGUGGACUCCUGAUCUUCAUCACUGUUUUGUUCAUGCUAUUGAAAGGCUUGGAGGGCAAGACAAGGCAACCCCAAAGUUGGUUCUUCAGCUGAUGGAUGUUAGGGGACUUACAAUAUCACAUGUUAAGAGCCAUCUCCAGAUGUAUAGAAGCAUGAAGAAUGACCUGAGCAGACAAGAUAUGCAUUCAACACUACAAAGGAAACAUUCUUUUGAUGAUCAUCAUGGGUUUGUUGAUGAGAAGAAUGAUUUGGGUUUCUUUCCAUCUUCUAAACUUGUGAAGAAGGAUUCUGAUUCUCAGUUCAUCAACAUUCCUCUCCCUUCAAAAAGGGCUGGAAUAGAGACCAACAAGCAGCAAUGCACUCAAAGAAUAUGUGAUAUGGUCACCUCCCCGUACUAUUUUCAUGAUUAUCUGCAAAAUAUGGCUGAGAAUGGUGGAAUAAAGGAGAGUUUCAGAUGGCAGCAACAGGGUGAGGCUUCUUCUUCGGCCUUCUCAAUGCCACAUCACCUUUACAACCUUAAUGCCUUAGGAUACGCAAUCGAAGAAUCUGAGUUCUUCAAGGCUGCAAGGGCAGAUGAUCAAGAACAACAACAGAUGUCAUUCACAAGGAAGAGAAAAAUGGAGAAUAUAGAGAACAGUUUUCAGUCUCUUUUGUCUCAAUCUAGUGAUAGAGAUCAUUCCACAGAGGAAGAGGCUGGUGAUUGUACCCUUUCACUAUCACUCUCAUUGCGUCCAUUGACCCAAGCAAGUAAUACUUCAUCUGCAAGUGAAAUCAGUGAAACAAUCUCAUCAUCAUCGAAGGUUAAUGUUAAGGAGUGUUCAAGGGAGCCUCAGAUUAAUUUGGAUCUCUCCAUCUCCCCUUGUGGCAGUCAAUGUUGGACAGUGUAAAUCUCUUUAGUUGCCAUGAAAGUUUAUUCUUUUUCUUUC